AUGCGAGGCGAGAUCUGUCACCUUCAUCUUGGCCAAGCCGGCACCCAGCUGGGCAACGCUGCCUGGGAACUGUAUCUUCUCGAGCACGGACUGAAGCCUGAUGGCUUCAUAGAUCCCGAUGUGACCGAUGACACCACAAAGAGCGGAUCUUACGAAACGUUCUUUACCGAGACAUCCCAUGGCAAAUAUGUGCCUCGCUCCAUCUUUCUGGACCUCGACCCUUCGCCUAUUGACGAGAUUCGGACUGGCACCUACCGACACCUUUUCCACCCUGCGCAGUUGAUCAGUGGGAAGGAAGAUGCUGCAAACAACUACGCGCGUGGCCACUACACCAUUGGCAGGGAUAUUUUGGAGGCUGCGGCUGACGGUGUUCGUCGCGUGGCUGAAAACUGCGAAUCACUGCAAGGAUUUCUGGUCUUUCAUUCCUUUGGUGGAGGCACUGGCUCCGGGUUUGGGUCCCUGCUGCUGGAGCAUAUCACCAAGAUGUAUGGCCGCAAGUCCAAGCUCGAAUUUUCGGUCUAUCCAUCCAAGGAGACUUCAACUUCAGUGGUAGAGCCCUACAACUCUGUCUUGUCCACACACAGCACCAUUGAGAAUUCUGACUGCACCUUUCUGGUCGACAAUCAAGCCGUGUACGACAUCUGUCAUCGCCACCUAGAUAUCCCACGUCCUGGCUUCGAGCACCUGAACCGACUGAUUGCCCAGGUGGUAAGCUCCAUCACCUCCAGCUUGCGGUUUGAUGGUGCUCUGAAUGUGGACCUGGCCGAGUUCCAAACGAACCUUGUGCCCUACCCACGCAUCCACUACCCUCUAAUCUCCUAUGCACCGGUGAUCAGUAGUCGACGCAGUUCUCAUGAAAGCUUCAAGGUGCAGGAUCUCACUUUCGAGUGCUUCAAGCCCAACAACCAGAUGGUGGCCUGUGACCCGCGUCAAGGCAAGUACAUGGCAAUUGCUCUUCUUUAUAAAGGGGAUGUUGUGCCUCUCGAGUGCACCCAGGCUGUACACGCGCUCAAGACCAGAGGCACCUUCAGUCUGGUUGAGUGGUGUCCGACUGGAUUCAAGCUGGGCAUCAAUUACCAAAAGCCGGUCCGCCGUCCCAAUGAUGAACUUGCACCGGUCGAUCGCUCGGUGAGUAUGCUAUCAAACACGACUGCUAUUGCGCAGGCAUGGGGCCACCUCGACCACAAAUUUGAUCUCAUGUACUCCAAGCGCGCCUUUGUACACUGGUAUGUUGGCGAGGGCAUGGAGGAGGGAGAAUUUUCUGAAGCCCGUGAGGAUCUUGCAGCCCUGGAGAAAGACUACGAGGAGGUGGCCGGAGAUAGCGGCGAGGGAGACGAAGAGGCUGAGCACUGA